CACCAUUCAUCAAGAUCAUACCCAUCCAUCCAGCCUAUACUCCAGCACGACACACCCACUCUACAUCCCCCGCACAGAACAACAGACAGACAAGUACAAAAUGUCAUCCACAGACCCAAUCCUCCGCAUAACAAGCUCAACCACAAUCCACGCCCCCCUCGACAAAGUCUGGACCGCCCUAACAGACACCACCACCUGGAUGAGAUGGAACCGCUUCGUCCCGGACGUGACUAUCCGCGAGCAGCCCACCACACCUACCUCUGAUUCCACUCACGACAGCGCCAACACCAACGCAAAUACCACCUCCUCGAUCCUACAAAAAGGAACCCGCCUAACCUUCCACGUAAACAUGCAUCCAGCCGCCUCGCCCUCCGCACCGGAAUCCCUAGCUAAGGUUGAUAAUCAUGUCGGGCUGGUGGUUUCGGAGUGUGUUCCGCCUUAUGCUGUUGGUUCUAGCCCGGAGAUUGGAGGUGGGGGUGAGAAUGGGGAAGGGGAUAGUACCGACCCUGCAGACAGCGCUACACCGACACAAGCACCCCCCGCAACCCGCAAAGCAACCAUAACCUGGGCAAAUGAUACCGCCUUUCAGGGCCGAGUAAUGGCGACUCUUCACUCCGCGGAGCGGGUGCAUGAGCUUAUUGAGCGGGAGGUUCCUGACCCCGAGCACGGGGGCACGAGGACCGUGACGGAGGUGACGAAUUGGGAGGUGCAGUCUGGGUAUCUGGCGUAUGUGGUUAAGUGGAUGUUUGAGGGGCGGUUGGAGGAGAAUUUUGGGGUGUGGGUUGAUGAUCUUAGGGGGUUUGUUGAGGGAGAGAUGAUUCAAUAGCGGGGAGAAGGGGGUGAGGUUGUUGAGAGUUGAUAAUGUAUAAG